UAACCCCUCCGACGAGGGUCAUUUGCAAGGGGAGGGAGAUCAUUUUUUUCUUCUCUGCUUGCUUCUCUUUUUUAUACUUUGUCUUGGGCAGAAGGGUGGUGUAAUAGAAACCAGAUAUGAUUCAGAAUGUGAGGCAUUCACAGGAGAACUAGUUCAGUUCGGUCCGCACUGAGUCCAGAGAGGACAAAUAGCAAAGGCUAAGUAAAAACCUGUAGUCUUAUUGUAGAAUGUCUUUUGUUUUCUCGACGUGGGGAAUAUCAUGUUGUUGUUGUUAGUUAGUGUGGGUCACAGCAUUAGAUUUGGAUCUGGAGGAUGGACCCUCCAUGCCAUUGCUGUUGUGGAGACUUGGCGCAGGAGAUCUAGAGAUGGACAUGGAAAUGUGCACAAAGUUAUGUCUGGACAGAGUGUGCACUACAACUUCUUCUCCAGACUGUAGUUGAAAAGCCUCUAUGACCACCAUGAGCUGGAGCUUUCUUACUCGUCUUCUGGAGGAGAUCCACAAUCACUCCACCUUUGUGGGGAAAGUGUGGCUGACGGUGCUCAUCAUCUUCCGCAUUGUGCUGACCGCCGUAGGGGGAGAGUCCAUCUACUCAGAUGAGCAGACCAAGUUCACCUGUAACACCAAGCAGCCUGGCUGCGACAAUGUGUGCUACGAUGCCUUUGCCCCCCUCUCACAUGUCCGCUUCUGGGUUUUCCAGAUCAUCAUGAUAUCCACCCCGUCGGUCAUGUACCUGGGCUAUGCCAUCCACAAGAUAGCCCGCACCUCAGAGGUGGAGCGCCGAAGGUACCGUCGGAGAAAACCCCUUCAGGCUAAUAGGUGGAAGGAGAGCCAUCCACUUGAAGAGGUGCCGGAAGAGGACGACGAUGUCGAGCCCAUGAUAUACGAGGAGGACGUGGCGGAAGUUCAAGAGGUCAAACUCGAGCCGGCCAAACCUCAGAAACACGAUGGCCGCCGGCGGAUCAUGCGAGAGGGUUUGAUGAGGAUUUAUGUCUUGCAGCUGCUGUCCCGAGCUGUGUUUGAGAUUGGCUUCUUGGCAGGCCAGUAUCUUCUUUAUGGCUUCCGUGUUAAUCCGUCAUAUGUGUGCAAUAAGGAGCCCUGUCCCCACAAGGUGGAUUGCUUCAUCUCUCGGCCCACAGAGAAGACCAUCUUCCUGCUCAUCAUGUAUGUAGUCAGCUGUCUCUGCCUGUUCCUUAACGUGUGUGAGAUGUUUCACCUUGGCAUCGGCACGUUCAGGGACACUCUCCGCAAGAAGAGGAACCAGGGAGUGCGACAGCCCUCGUACAGCUACCCAUACUCCCGUAACAUCCCUGCAUCUCCCCCUGGUUACAAUCUCGUCAUGAAGUCAGACAAGCCCAACAGGAUAAUUCACAACAGUCUAAUAACGCACCACGAGCAAAACAUGGCCAAUGAUUCCCAGGAACCUAAUCAAGAGUGCACGAGUCCAGAUGAGAACAUUCCCUCUGACCUGGCCAGCCUGCACCGCCACCUACGGGUGGCACAGGAGCAGCUUGACAUGGCCUUCCAGACUUACAACACAAAACAGAACCAGCCCACCUCAAGGACAAGUAGUCCAAUGUCUGGUGGUACCAUGGCAGAGCAGAACAGGGUCAACACAGCCCAGGAGAAACAAGGAGCCCGGCCAAAAUCAGCCACUACAGAGAAAUCAGCGACCAUUGUAAAAAACGGAAAGUCAUCUGUAUGGAUUUAGGAAGUAUUAACUCUUUGUUGUAUAAUAAUUCGAUUUCAGUUUCAAGGACCGUGUCAUUGUAUAGAUAAUUAAAGAAAUGUUAGAUCUGACUCAUUAGUUAAAUACAUUGAAAGUGUUGCAUGAUCAGUUGAUUAUCAAAAGCAUGAUCAAUUGCACUGCCUGAUUUUGUCACCAUCAAAAAACAACAGUGUGACAUGUCAGAUCAGGAGCACACAAUAUAGGCAAUAUUUGUGACAUUCAGAACAAUGUAAAGAAAAUGAGAGAAAAAAUUGGGCCUCAAAAUACAAUAGUACUGUAUAUUUGAUUUUAUUUGGGGGUUUUUAAGCAUAAAAAACCUGUUGAAUAUAGUUAAUAUAGUAUAUUCAUAUAUUGCUUAUUCAAACAAAAUUUUAGGGAGUUUUGAAAUGAACCAUGCUGGCAAUAAUCUUGGGAUUAUUUCAUUGAGAUUAUUAAUUUACUCUUCCUGUUGAACUACAUUAAUUUAAAUAAAUAUAUAUUUACAGUGUCUUUAAAACAUAACAAUUCAAGGGUGUUUUUUAAACUGUGGCCUAGUUAAAACCAAUGCAGUGGUAAGCCCUGUUCAAUGUUUGAAUCCUGAUUAUGUUUGAGAAAGGGGAAGACAUUCAAGAGCUUUGUAACUGUCCAGAUACACACUUUUUAACUCAUUUUCAGUAGUUUUGAAACUGCUUGAGAAAAUAUGCACAGAUUGAUUUGACAAUGCUUGAGGUAGUAUGUAAGUGAUUUUGUUUAAAAGGGAAAUAUAGGUGAAUGGUCUUCCAUUUGCAGAUGUUAGAGUUGCACUAUUCUACAUAUUAAAGAAAAUGUAUUUCCCUUUAGUUUGCAAGGCUUUAUUGUUUAAGGCUACAUUACACUGCAGUGACUUUAAUCUGCAAGUUAAACAAAAACAAAAAAAUAAAAGCAAAUUGGUUCUUGUGUUGAAAACUUGAAUUACCUUAGAUACAUUUCUGCUCUUUGUUGCAGGAAAUGUUAUGCAUGCUUUUACAUAAAGAAAUUGUAAAUCUUUUACAUGACAUACAGUUCAAUGCAUUUAUUAAAAGAUCUAUCGUACAUAUUAAUUGACCCCAUUUUCCAACAUUUAGGGAUUCUUCUUGGAAAAUUAUUUUAGUUUUCAAAGCUUUUAUUAGUAAUGAAGACAUUUGUUUCUGCUUUGUUUUCACAGUAGAUCUACUGUAAAUGAUUCUGCCUUUAGCACUAUGAUACUCCAACGUGCCUGAAAUGGUUAAGAUUGUUCCUGUAUUUCAUUUAAAAAGGAAUAAACCUAGAUUAAAAUG